ACGCGGGGACGAAGGCCGAGUCGACUCACCACCGACUCUACGAGUUCGCCAAAGCUGCACUCACCAGAAUCUUCGUCCACCCUUACGCCACGGUCCGUCUCCGCCCUAGAAAUCUCAAUCUCUGCACACAAAAAUGGCGCUAUCACGGCUUCGCCACCCAGUGAUCUCCCGCGCGCCGUCUCUCCUGAAAGCUCGACUUCUCUCCUCCUCCACCAGAUCACUCACUCGGAAGAUGUAGAGAUGCAUUUGAAAGAUAAGGCAAACACGGCUGAUUUAGUUUGCUGCUUGCAGAAUUUGCAGAUGUGUUUCCAAACUGAGGAGAGAGCAAGGAAACUAUUGCUUAAUGUGUCAUCCUUAUUGAAACCAGGGGGUUAUUUUUUCGGUAUUACUCCUGACUCAUCUACAAUAUGGGCAAAGUACCAGAAGAAUGUUGAAGCAUACCACAAUAGAAGUGGUGGCAUGAAACCAAACAUUGUCCCCAAUUGCAUUAGAUCAGAGAACUACACGAUUACGUUUGAAGUUGAGGAAGAGAAGUUUCCUAUAUUUGGAAAGAAAUACCAACUGAAAUUUGCUAAUGAUAUCUCUCCUGAAAGUCAUCACUUGGUUCAUUUCCCAAGCUUUAUCAGGUUAGCCAGAGAAGCUGGUCUUGAGUAUGUGGAGAUUCAAAACUUAACUGAAUUUUACGAUGACAACAGAACACAAUUUGCAGGCAUGAUAAUGAAUUCCUGUUCAAACCUUGUGGAUCCUCGAGGAAGACUUCUUCCUCGAUCAUAUGAUGUAUUAGGUUUAUAUACUACGUUUAUAUUCCAAAAGCCGGACCCUGAUAUUUCUCCCCCGCUCAUGACACCAGAGCUGCACGAUGUAACUUACAUUCAAGACGAGAGCGAGUGGCAAGUACCAGUGACGACUAUCUGGAGAGAUGACGAAAAGACCGUACCAGUAGAGCUGCCUCAUGGCCUGGGAAAGAUUAGUGAACAAAAAGGGAUUUUGGGUCCAGGCCCUGCUGAGUUACGUUUUUCCGAGGCACUUUAACCUGAUGAUUGACGUAUGCAAGACGAACGUGCAUGGAAGGACUGAUUAUUAACAUACAGGAACCCACAUUUUUGGUGUAAAGACAUUGUAAGAGUAACAGUGGUGUGUCCUGUUUAGAUGAUAUUGUUUUUUAGGAAAACUAAUGAAAAUGACUUGAAAA